AUGCCACUGUACAAUGUAACACCCGCAUUUCACUAUUUAUGUUAUGAAUCCCAUGAAUCGAACCCGAGACCCCUUGCCCGACAGUCGCACUUGCGACCACUCGGCCAACGUGGCAGUCAGAUAAAGGUCACGUUCUCUCGGAUUUUGUCUUCUGUCGUGCGUGCGUUUACAAACAUACAAGUUCAUAUACACAUGACACCCAAACCCGAAAAAACAAUUUAUAGAUCACAAAGAGUUGCUCUGUGCGGGAAUCGCACCCGCUACACGAUGCGCGGCAGCCGAUUGCCCAGACACCGUGCCAACCGUGCAGUCGACUUUGUUUCAAGACAACAGAUUUUGGAUUAG